GUCCGGGGAUGGUAGGUUGUAGCGCUGCUUGACUGUGAAGUGGAGCAACUGACUACAAGGAGGAGACUACAGUGAGAUCCGAAAGACUACGCAGCGGAACAGGAGACGGGGCUUGGGUUUGGGGGACAGCCGGGCAGAACAUCUAAAAUGCCCCUGGCAACGUGACUGCUACUAGACCGAGGCAGGACCUCACCAGACCCAUCCGGUGAACAUUGACUGGACUUUAUUUCCAGCAGCCUUCUAGGCCUCAUCCGAGCCCCAAUGCUGUGUGGCUGCUAUUCCUGAACGAGGAGAUGGCGUCCCCAAGCCCACCGCUGGAGCCAAAGUCGUAGAAUUGCCCUUGAGACAACUGGAACUGACUACAGAAGUCACUAUUUCAGCAGUUGCUGACAUUUGAGGAUAUGGCUGUGUUUUUACCCAGGAGGAGUGGAAUUAUUUGGAUCCAGCUCAGAGAAGCCUGUAUAAAGAUGUCAUGAUGGACAGCUAUGGAAACCUGGCCUCACUGGAUGUCUUAAACGGAAAUAAAGAUGAAGAGGCAACUGUGAAAGAAGAAAUUGAGGAAGACAUUGAACCACAGGGUGUAUUAGUCACAAGAAUCAAAAGUGAAAUGGAUAAGGAUCCUAUAGGAAGAGAAGCCUUUGAACUUGUUGGUAGAUUAGAUAAACAAAGAGGGAUCUUCUUAUGGGAAAUACCACGUGAAUCCCUGAACCAGGAACAGAAAAUGUUCAGAGGACAUUCUAAUGUUUGUAAGAGACCAAACUCAGAAGAGAAGUGUCAUAAAUGUGAAGAAUGUGGCAAGAGUUUUGUCCGCAAGGCUCAUUUCAUUCAGCAUCAAAGGGUCCAUACUGGUGAGAAACCUUUUCAGUGCAAUGAGUGUGGGAAAAGCUUUAGUCGCAGCUCAUUUGUUAUUGAACAUCAGAGAAUUCACACUGGGGAACGGCCAUAUGAGUGUAAUUACUGUGGGAAAACCUUCAGUGUGAGCUCCACCCUCAUUAGGCAUCAGAGAAUCCAUACUGGAGAAAGGCCUUACCAGUGUAGUCAGUGUAAGCAGAGCUUCAGCCAGAGAAGGAGCCUUGUUAAACAUCAAAGAAUUCACACAGGGGAGAAACCCCAUAAAUGUAGUGACUGUGGAAAAGCCUUCAGCUGGAAGUCACACCUUAUUGAGCACCAGAGAACACACACUGGUGAGAAACCCUAUCACUGUACCAAAUGCAAGAAAAGUUUUAGUCGAAACUCACUGCUUGUUGAACACCAGAGAAUUCACACUGGAGAAAGACCUCAUAAAUGUGGUGAAUGUGGAAAAGCUUUUAGAUUAAGUACAUACCUUAUACAACACCAGAAAAUACACACUGGUGAGAAGCCUUUUCUUUGUAUCGAAUGUGGGAAAAGUUUCAGUCGGAGCUCAUUCCUUAUUGAACAUCAGAGGAUUCAUACUGGUGAACGUCCUUAUCAGUGCAAAGAGUGCGGGAAAAGUUUCAGUCAGCUUUGCAACCUUACUCGUCAUCAGAGAAUUCACACAGGAGACAAACCCCACAAAUGUGAGGAAUGUGGAAAAGCCUUCAGUAGAAGCUCAGGUCUUAUUCAGCAUCAGAGAAUACAUAUCAGGGAAAAGACUUCUCCAUACAAUGAAACUAAGGGAAGUUUUGAUCCAAAUUGCAGUCUUGUGAUACAGCAGGAAGUCUGCCCUAAGGAAAAAUCUUACAGAUGUGAUGACUGUGGAAAGACUUUCAGUGUUAGUGCUCAUCUCGUACAACAUCAAAGGAUCCACACUGGUGAAAAACCCUACCUGUGUACUGUCUGUGGGAAAAGCUUUAGUCGGAGCUCAUUUCUUAUUGAACAUCAAAGAAUCCACACUGGUGAGAGACCUUACUUGUGCAGACAGUGUGGCAAAAGUUUUAGUCAACUUUGUAAUCUUAUUCGACAUCAAGGUGUUCACACUGGUAAUAAACCCCAUAAAUGUGAGGAAUGUGGGAAAGCCUUUAGCAGGAACUCAGGUCUUAUUCAGCACCAGAGAAUACACACAGGAGAGAAACCUUAUAGAUGUGAAAAAUGUGACAAAAGCUUUAGUCAACAACGUAGCCUUGUCAACCAUCAAAAGAUCCAUAUAGAGGUGAAAACCCAAGAAAUUUAUGAAUGUGAUGCUUGUGGUGAGGCCUUUAAUUGUCAGAUUUCUUUAAUUCAGCAUCAAAAGUUGCACAUUAUGUGGAUGCAGUAAAGUUAUAGACAUGUUAAUGCUCAAAUGUGAAACUAGCUACCGAAGUGCAGUUUUAGUAUGGCCUAACAUGGGUCAAAUUUAGUGAUAAAGCAAAUUCUCCUUGGUUUCUGAAGCUCCUAUGAAUAGUGGGCAUUGUGGGAAACUGACUUGUGAUUACGUGUUGCUUUCGUACCCACACAGAUAUGUUGGUUUAUCUAAGCCUCUAGCCUUUCAGUAAAGUUGACUGGGAAAAGCAUAUGGGAAAUGUUCUGAAGGACAAAGUGAAAUUAGGGUAAGGGAACUGGGAGCAACUGAUACUGAAAAGCUAGGAAUAAUUUUAAAAGUCUUAUGUUAUAUCCUGUAGUUGCUGUUCAGCUCCUUGAGAUUUAGCUGUUCAUGUCAAACCCCAAUGAUUAAGCAAAUGUAAUUCUUGAAAGCCCAGAUGUUUUCAAAGUCACCAUACAGUGUUUUUCACUGUUUAAGAAAGUUGUGUGGAAAAUUAGUUUGUGAAAGGUGGGAGCUCCAGUGCUUCCCAGGUUGAUAAAGUUAUAAAGGUAUUUUUAAGUAAGUAAACCAAUAAACAUGUUACCAAGGAA